AUGGUUAAUUUCAGCAUAACCAUUCUACUCUUUCUUCUUUUCUGCGUCCUCUUUCAGUUUCAACCUGCAACACUUGACGAAGUUGGCGUCCAAAAUGAUGCUCAAAAACCACUAUUUUCCAAGGUACUCAUGGAUACUGUGUCUCUGCUCAGAAAGUCCCACAAAAGCUCCUGGGACAAAAUCAAAACUGUCAUAAAAGAUCUGCAAAUGCAGUUUUCUCCACCAAGUUUGGAUUUCAGGAGUGGUGGGGGAAGGGUAGGAGUAGGAGAAGACCCCAAAGAAACUCUUAAAGAAGCAUUUAAGAAGAGUAUAGACAAAAGCAAAGAAACAUUUGAGGAAAGUGCUAAAUCAACGGGUAAAGCAGUUGAAACAGCAGUUCGUAAGACAACAACAGAAAAUAAGAAGACAACUCAUGACUCUGAAAAUGAAUCUAAAGCAGAACUUUAA